UUCCUUUUUUUGGGUCUCAGAUUUUAGAAUAAACAUGACGGGCUUACAGAGGUCCGCCGUGUCGUUCCGGCGUCAGGGCUCCUCCGGCUUGGUCUGGGACGACAGAUUCUACAGCGGCGAAUUGAAACCCACAAAGCGUCACCAUGAAGAACAACUUCAACCCGACGCCGUUUCUCUUUCCAAAGAGUUGAGGACUUGUCGCAGCGUCGGAUCCACCGCCACCUCUGAAGGAACCCGAUCUUCCGCCGUCCACCGUAUGGAGGUUAUAUCGCCGUCGCCAACGCCAAGUAUGGGGGACCCAUCUUCACCGAAGUUCACCGGCUGCGGAUUCUGCGGCGUGUUUGGCCGCCCCAUCGGCGGGUCUCGCCAUCAGAAAUCCAACAAACAUUGAUCGGAGCAAUUUGAUUUCGUUAAUUCUCUGCAAGUUUUCCCCUGGGAUUAUUAAUUUAUGAAUUGUUUGUUGAAAAUAAAGAAAUUAC